UCAUGACAAUUUAGUAUAAUCCCCAACAAGAUGCUUGUAUAGUUAAAUGCAGUUAUUUGCUUUUGGGUACAAAGUGAUUCCUUUUUUGCAGAGCAUACUUUUAAUCAUAUAAUAUAAGGAACUGUUGUCAGAAAAGGAAAAUUUUAUAUGACUUCUCUGAUUCUCAUCUCAUAACCACUGCUAUGCUGCUUUUAACUCAUUAGAAAAGCGAAUUUGUAGAUCUAUAUUAUAUGGGCUUAGAUCAAGCUUAAAAUAUCAGGCAUUAGAGUAACCUGUUGGAUUAGGGAUUAAAGGACAUGUGACCAGGGCUGGACUGAGAAAGCAGAAACAAACUUGUUUCAGUAGCUGACCUGCCACUGGGCUGUUCUGUACCUCAGUUCUGUGCUUCCUAUACUGAGUCACAAUAUAUAUCCUACCCAGCUUGCACGGAACUGUCACGCCUGGUAAGGACAGAAACUCAGAGGACCAGAGAUCAAGUAAAUUGGGUUUUAUUAAAGAACUCAGAUAACCAGAACUGGAAUCAGCAGGCAGGUCGCAGGAGUCGAGGUCACGGAUCCGAAGGGGUCAAAAGCUGGGAAGACCAAUCGUACACAGGCAUGGAAGAUGGGACAGAAGCAGACGCGGAUCGUUUGAUCGGACGGACGUCCGCAGCAUCGUCAUCUGCGGUGUUUCACGACAGGAGUCUCCAGCAAGGCAUUAUGGGCCGCAUGGAGGGACCCUGCAUGUGCACAAAGAGCACAGAUGACAUACGGGAGGUGUUUGACUUUUUGGAGGUGCUGGGAUCGGGGGCCUUUUCUGAGGUGUUCCUGGUGAGGGAGAGGGAGACUGGAAACCGUUUUGCACUGAAAUGCGUGAACAAGCAGCAUCUACAGGCCAACAAACUGGAGAAUGAGAUCAGUGUUUUGAGGAGGAUCAAACAUGAGAACAUUGUUGGCCUGGAAGAUUUCUAUGAAAGCCACACCCACUAUUACCUCGUCAUGCAGUUCGUCUCUGGCGGUGAGUUGUUUGACCGGAUCUUGGAGCGUGGGACAUACACGGAAAAGGAUGCCAGCCACGUGGUCCGACAGGUGCUGGAGGCCGUGAGCUACCUGCACCUGAACAACGUCGUCCACCGAGACCUGAAGCCAGAGAAUCUGUUGUACUACAGCCAGGAUGAAAAUGCCAAGAUUAUGAUUAGUGACUUUGGUCUCUCCAAGAUUGAGGACAGCGGACUCAUGUCGACAGCAUGUGGAACGCCGGGAUAUGUGGCCCCUGAAAUCUUAGCCCAGAAGCACUACAGCAAAACCGUUGACUGUUGGUCUAUUGGAGUCAUCACUUACAUCCUGUUAUGUGGAUACCCCCCUUUCUACGAGGAGAAUGAGACCAAGCUCUAUGCAAAGAUCAUGAAGGCCCAGUAUGAAUUUGAUUCUCCCUUCUGGGACGACAUUUCUGAUUCUGCUAAGGACUUCAUUCGCAACAUGAUGCAAAAGAACUCGAAAUUACGUUACACCUCAGAGCAGGCACUUCAACACCCCUGGAUAAUGGGAAACACAGCUAAGAGCCAGGACAUCUAUCACUCCGUAAGUGAGCAGAUCCAAAAGAACUUUGCCACGUGGAAGUGGAGGCAAACAUUAACUGCGACAGCAGCUGCUAAUCACCUGAAGAAGAUGCAGCUGGCCUACUCCGGACCCACCCUUCAUGGGCAACAGGGAUUUGUGGUGGAGGGAGACCUUUCCCCCACUGAUCCUGAGAACAAGCGGCCCAAUGCUAACCUGGAACACAACGGGAUCCUGACUAGUGGUACGGAGAGUGAGUGCAUGAUGGCUCGAUCCAGUUCCAGGAAUCCAAGGAACCAUUUCCACCUGCUGCAGGCUAAUCUGAGUGAACCCCUCAUUAUACCGCCAUCAGGCCAACAUGCAAACCAGGCUGCUACCAUGGAAACCAGCAGAAAGGAGUCCAUGACCUCGGAGUCCGAGAGGGAGGAACAGGAAAAGACCACCAUGUGUUCCAUCAUGUGAGCUUAUUCCUGUGGAGCACACUGGGAAGAGCUGGAGCAGGCUGACGACUUACGGGCUGCAGAUUAAGGCGUCUCAGUUCCUUCUCAAAUUCAGGGUCAGCCUACAGCCUUUGGCCCGUUAUCUGUCUGAGUGUAACAGUCCAUGGCUGCACAGCUUUAUUAUUAUGGGUGCUGUAUAUUUUAAUUGGCACUUGGCAUUAGAGCCAGUGGGCACGGAGUAUCAGCUAUUUGUAAGUUUAUGAUACCCAGGCCUCACUUGUGUCAUCAUAGUGGUGACGUUCGUGACUCAUGACUCUUUGUUUGGUUGUGUGGGCAGCUGUGCUUGGUUACUGCAUUGCUGCAAAUAUGGCCUGACUUAUCAAUAGUUAACAUAUUAGCUCACAUCACAGUUACAGACUAAGCAAGAGAAGCAGCCACCUCAAAUUAGAUUUCAGACCAGCCUCUCUAGUGUUCAUGCUGCCAUUUCUGGAUUUUUAAAUGUUUCUAAGACUAAGUGGAAGAGAAUGAGGUUGGAACGCCCUCUCUUUUUUUGUUGGUUUAGCAGUGCAGGAAAAUAGGAAAUGAUGCUGUAUAUUUUGGAUGCUACAAUAUGGCCGACUGCUUGUGCCAUUUACAUGUGUAAAAACCUGAGAACUUCCCAACAGAUGUGCAUUAGUGGUCACUGUAAUGAAGCCAUGUUAGCCUACUGCUGCUGUUAACAAAUGAAAUUGCAUUUUGCAUUAGUGCUAAAGGACGUGGACCGAAAUCUUUGCAGGUUUUUUGGAGUCACAUAGGGAGAUCAUUCAGACUCCAGACACACGAUGCUGAGGGUAAAAAUCACAUCCGUGGCCUAACCAGCGUGAACCACUGACCACCAUUCCAUCCUGCCCUCAAAUCUGUAACCAUAUAAUACCCAUAUGACAUGUCCUAACUGAAGUAAUAAAUACCAAACCACAUCGAACUGCAAUCUUCUUUCUUAUAUUGACAG